AUAAAAUGGCUGUGCCUCUGUUAUCAGCUGCUCGCAUCAAAACAGUAGUUUAGGUUAUGUUUAGUACCUACAGGGUGGUUCAUUUCUGGUACCUACAUGAAAAUGAAGUUUCGCACAGUUUUCAAUUGUAUUAAAAAAAUUAACAUAAUUUCAGUACGGUAUUACACACCCCGUCGUGCGUUGAUGUACGUGCCCGGUGACAAUCUCCGUAAAUUAUCCAAAGCAUUUACGCUGGACGUGGAUUGCAUUGCGAUGGAUUGCGAAGACGGUGUGGCGUUAAGUCAAAAAGAAACGGCUCGAAGUACGAUCCGCAGCAUUCUCGAUACCGAGAAGAACGUGACGAGACGCAAUUUCGAUAGAGCGGUGCGCGUAAAUCCGGUCAACAGCGAAUUUUGUCACGACGAUCUUCGAGCGGUUUUGACGGCAAAAUAUUUACCCGACACAGUUUUACUACCGAAAGUCGAAGAUAAAGGGCAUCUCGAAUGGUUUGCAGAUCAAGCAAAUGCUUUGAUAAGGGAUGAGGCAAAAAUAGAUUUGAUUAUCUAUGUUGAAUCGGCUUUAGCUGUAAUUAAAUGCUACGAGCUUUGUAAAUACACAAUGGAACUAGCGGAGAAUGGGAAGUUUCGUCUGGCUGGAGUUGUGUUUGGUAGCGAUGAUUUGUGUGCGUCUCUUGGUAUAACAAGAUCACAUGAUGGUGCUGAAUUAUUAUACGCUAGACAAAAAGUAGUACUGAUUAGCAAAGCUUUCAAUUUACAAGCAAUUGAUAUGGUCCACAUCGAUUUUAAAGACUUGGUAAAAUUGAAGGAGUAUUGCGAACAGGGGGCACAAAUGGGUUACACUGGAAAGCAGGUGAUACAUCCCGAUCAAGUACCAGUAGUUCAGACUGCAUUUUUACCAAACAAAAAACAAGUUGAAUGGGCUACGGGCCUAUUGGAAUCUUUUAAAGAGCAUCAGAAAAAAGGACAGGGGGCAUUUGUUUACAAAGGUAUUAUGAUUGAUAUGCCGACUAUGAAACAAGCACAAAAUAUUGUGGAUAUUCUCAAGUUAACCUCAAGUAGUCUCUAGUUUGAACACCAAGAAGUUUGGAGCAUUAAAAAUUAAGGCUAAAUAGUUAUUAGAUGUUUUGUAGAUUUUUUUAAAUGAAAUCCUUGCUAUUUUUGUUUUAUUCAAAACAAUAAAAUUAUAUGUUAAGAGGCUUUUCAAAUUA